ACCAAUCGCUCCCCGAUGGUGCAGAACAGGGCGAAAUGGUGGCGACCGAGGGGCGUGGCAGAGCGAUUGAAAAAGCUUGUGGCGAAGGGGGGCAAAAAAAAGAAGCAGGUCCUGAAGUUUACCCUUGACUGCACCCACCCUGUAGAAGAUGGAAUCAUGGAUGCUGCCAAUUUUGAGCAGUUUCUUCAGGAGAGAAUCAAAGUGAAUGGAAAAGCUGGGAAUCUCGGUGGAGGGGUUGUGACCAUCGAGAGGAGCAAGAGCAAGAUUACUGUAACUUCUGAGGUGCCUUUUUCCAAAAGGUAUUUGAAAUAUCUCACCAAAAAAUAUUUGAAGAAGAAUAACCUACGUGAUUGGUUGCGCGUAGUUGCUAACAGCAAAGAGAGUUACGAAUUGCGUUACUUCCAGAUUAAUCAAGAUGAAGAAGAGGAGGAAGAUGAGGAUUAAAAUUCAUUUAUCUGGAUAUUUUGUAUGAGUUCUUAAAUAAAACAUGGGAACCAAAUUGGUGGUUAUCCUUGUAUCUCUGCAAUGUGGACUGAACAGAAAAUUAGAAAUCAUAGUAAAAGGGCUUCAUUUGGGCUGCCAUUCAUUUAUUUGUAAUUAGACUUUUUUUCUGCUGGAAAAUUUCAGUUCUCAUGGUAGCAAUACCAGAAUAGAAGGGUAUGGCUCUUUAAGGGAACUGCCGGCAAUUUGACGCUGAGGAGGUGGGUAAGGAUGUGGAGCUGUGAGCUUCCGUUUGUCACUAUUUUACUUUAAAAAGUAUGACAGUUUUAUCUGGUGCUUUUCUCAAAGAUUCAGGAAUACAAACGUGGGGACUCAGUUCACGGAAAGCAAAACCAGUGACUUCCUUCUGGGGUUCUCUUGCAGGAAAAUGGCAGUGGCGAUAAAAACAGGGCUCUGGGGCAUUUGUCUUUUCAUUUUUGAUUACACAUUAUUCUUCGUGAACACAAUUAUAUAUGUUAAUCCUUUGUCUUCCUAUAGAAGUAAAAUGUGGUCAUUUGGUGUUGCUGCAUAUUCUUCUAUCCCUCAGGAAAGGGUUUGGAGAGCGAUUGUAAAAAGUGCCAGGUUUUAAAUUAAGUAAAAUGAAUUUGUAAAUAAUCAUUGUUUCUACAAGUCUUUGCAACAAACUCACUUUGGCCCCCAGCAGAGGGAGCUGGAGAUGAGGGAGAGUAGAGCUUCCGGAGGUGGAUGGUGUGCCUUUCCCGGCGGCGUUGAUACCCAGAGCUCUGGAGUCUUCACUGGGCGGGCAGGAAGGAGAAGCGAUUGGGAGACAGUUGCUGUUGAGGAGACGAGAAAGAAAGGUUGAGAUGCCCCCGGAACAGUCGCUUUCAUGCCAUUUAGGCCAUGGCUGGAUUUAAUGUCAGAAGUCAUUCUACAAACUGACUUUAAGUAGGACCAAACUGAAAGUGGUGUUUCUGCAGAAAACCGGGUCUCGUCUCAGGGUUUGGUUGCCAUGUGUGUAGACGCUAGCGAUCUGUGAAAGGUUAUUAAUGAGGUUGUAAAGAUGUAAUUGUUGCUGACAGAAAAUCAAGAGUAUACUUUGAAAAGAGACCCUGAUGCCUUAUGGUGCCCUUCUAAAAUCUUCUAAACAAUUCUGCAGAACUGUCUGCAUUGUCUUAAAAUUACGGUGUAUAAAAUUCAUGUUUUUAAGAGCUUGCCUACAGCUAAUUUCCACACCUGAAAUUCUUGAGCUCUGCUAGUCACAUAGCUGGAAAUUAAAUGUUUGAGUCCUGCCUUGGCUCCGAUUUAACAUUUGGUGCUCCUUGGAUUGAAUUUAACAUGUUGAGGCUUUGCAAUUUCAUUUGUGGUAAAGGCUCUAGCAUUUUCUAUUUCUAUGCAAAUUUCUUGAAGCAGAAUCCUUUGCCUGUUUCUCUGCCCUCACAGAAGGCAGGGUUUCUUUCAAAUUAAACUGAGGCAUCAGUUGCUCUUUGGCACUGUCCCUUACCAUGAUCACUAACUGUUAGUAAGUUCAUGACUUGGGUUUGCAAAUUUUACUUGUUUGCUGCAUUGAUGUUCCAUUAUAGUAAUUCUUAGUUUGGUUGUAAAAAAUUAACCCUGGGCUGAAAUUAGCAUAUAAGGUUUUUUUUAAGCUACUCCCAGAUUCUAAAACUUGUAAUAAAAUUGAAACUCAUUGGUUUUUCUAUGCCUUUUUGAACUCUUGUAAUUGAGUUUUGAUCACAUUUUAUAUUAAAGUGGCUAACACAUGGCUACUA